UUUUAGGCCUAACUCUCAAACAUCUUUUGUCAAGAGUAAGAAUGUAGCUGUUGAUGGUUGCUUGCUGAAGAAGAGUGGUAUCAAUAUUACCAUAGAAGUAGAUGUUUUUCGAAUUAUUCUUGAUUUUCUAUUGUGUUAAUAUCUCUCUGCUCUGUUUUUAAUUGGGAAUCCUUGCUCCUUGGGUCCCUGUAAAUUGUACAAAAGGUAAUUUACCUGAAUUUUAUGGUCUUUUAGUUUGUUCUGAGCCUCUGAGUUUCCUCAGUUCUUCUGUACCUUUUCUUUGUUGGUUUACAUUUAUUGGAUGUUCCAAUGUUAUUCUAUGUUCAUAUGUGCAAUCGGAUUUACAAAACAACAAGCAAAGCAAUUUAUGAACGUUGCAUUUUCUAUUUUAUCAACGUUGCAUUUUCUUAGUUGUCGUUAGUUACCAGAUGUGCUAGAACACACACGCAUGUGUGCGAUUUUGCCCUGGCUUUCUGAUUUCUGAAUUGAAACGAGUAGGUGCAUGGGUUUCUUGACAGAGUCAAGUAGCGGUGCUUUGAGCUUGAUGUCCCGUGACCCAAUUCCUUGAACUGGCUAACCCUUAUUGAUGUCGUAUGUCCUGAACUAACUCUCAUGACCAAGUCCUCAACACGUCUGACCCUCACAGGCAUGUUGUGCCGUGGCUCGAUUCAUUGCAUUGUGAUUGAAUACAUUUAGACACAUUAGGAUUAGGCGGUCGCCAACAUCAGUGAGGGUGGUGAGGAAGAAAAGCGACGACAUGGGUCGGCACCAUGUUAAAAUAGAGGACAUGGACAUGUGAGGGAGUCUUGAUCCAUGCUUAUGUCUUAGGGGCAUGCGAUACUUUUUUUCCUUCCGUUGCAACGCACGGGCAAUUUUCCUAGUAAAUAAAGAAAGAAAUAUAAGAGGAGUAGCUGUGACCUCCCGCCCGAGGCCUACCGCGUUCAAUCGAACAUACUAGAACUAAACCCUAACUGGGAACGGCACCGCCAAAGUCAGGUUCCAAGCCCAAAGCCGUACCCCCAAAAUGGCGCCGCCGUCGCAGGCGGCCACCGGCAAGCGGAAGAAGCAGCACAAACCCGCUAAGAGCCUCGCCGUGAAAUCAACCAAUCCCGUCUCGAAGAAGACGCACAAGCAGAAGAAGCCGCGCCCACCUGCUGAGCAGGACCAAACCAACGCCGCCGCCGCCGCCGCAGGUGAACCCGCGGGCGGUGGCGUCCUCUUGUCAGCCGCGCUGCCGCCGGCGCGGCAGCUCGAGUUCCUUCUCCGCAGCUUCGAGCGCGCCGCCAAGAUGCGCCUCUCCCCACUCGAGCUCGGCGCCUACUCCGAGGGGUGCAUGGUGCAGCUCGCCGAGGGGGCGAGCCAGGACGUUGAGAGCUUCGGUGACCAUGUGAAGGGGGCCUUCGGAGCGACGUGGAAGGGGGAGCUCUGUGAGGGGAAGCUUGUUGAGGGGUCGAUCGAUGCGGGCAGCCCGGCGCUCCUGGUUAUCAGCUUGGGUGCUCUGAGAUCACUGGAGCUUCUGAGGGGGUUAAAGAUGUUUACUAGAGGAUGCCGUUCAGUAAAGCUCUUUGCCAAACACAUGAAAGUGGAGGAGCAGGUCGCGCUACUUAAAGAUCGAGUUAAUAUAGCCUGUGGUACACCCAGCAGAAUAAAGAAACUAAUUGACAUGGAAGCUUUAUCGCUGUCACGCGUGAAAUUAGUGGUACUCGACAUGCAGAGGGACCCAAAGUCAUUUAAUUUGUUUACGCUACCGCAAGUCAGCAACGAGUUUUGGGACCUGUACAAGGGAUAUCUAGAUGAGAAGGUUAGAGGAGGCGACACAAGAAUAUGCUUUUACGGUGCUGUUUCUGAGAAAGAUGCCAAUAAAGUCCUAACGCCUGCUGAGUAAAUGUCUAUACCGUGAAGUAGUGUCCCAAGUACACUUACCGAUCGUAGUUGGCGGCAAGAUAUUACUCCCUCUGGUCCAAAAUAAGUGUCGUUGUUUCAGUUCAAAUGGGUAGGAAUUUUGGUCGGGUGAGGAAAUUAGGAGUUUUGGUUGCGAUUUUCCAAUGUACCUUGGCCCUCCUUGCUGAAUGAGCAAGUCUGCAAGACAUACAAUGUUUCCAUGAAACUGAAGCUGCGGUGUUGGAAUUCAAA